CACAGUAGUCUUGCAUUGCAUUAUUGGCUUCUCUAUCUUCUAGUCUGAGUUGAAUCGUCGAAGCAAAGCUAAAGAAAGAGAAAUGGCUGCUGCAAUUGUGGGAGAAGCGUUGCUCUCAGCUGCUGUGGAAGCUUUAGUAGGCAAGAUCACCACUGAGAUAUCGGAGUUCUAUCGGAGCAAGAAACUUGAUGAAUCACUGCUGAAGAAGCUGAAUGUGACGCUGCUAAGCCUUCAUGCUUUUCUAAAUGAUGCUGAGGAGAAGCAGAUCAGCAACCCCGCUGUUAAGCUAUGGAUGGAUGAACUCACUCAAGCUCUCUUUGACGCCGAUGACUUCAUCGACGACAUCGCCACCGAAGCUCUCCGUCGCAAAGUCGAAGCCCGCUAUCAUCAAAGUGCCACUGAUAAGGUGCGGAAGGUCCUCUCCUCUGCUUUCAAGUGGUCUUACCGAGAGAUUAAUUCUAAGAUGCAGAAAUUGUUUGAAGAAUUAGAGCAUUUUGCAGAGAGAGCACACAACCUUCCAUUGAAAAAAGGUGUUUCUGGCAAUGUUUGGCGUCCCACACCUACAAAUUCUGCUAUGGAUGAUUCUACUAUAUGUGGCAGAGAUGAUGAAAAACAGAAUCUGAAAGAUUAUUUACUGUCAGAAGACGCUGUUACUGAUGGUGGCAGUAAAAUAGGAGUGCUUGCCAUUGUUGGCAUGGGAGGACUUGGAAAAACAACCCUUGCUAAACUCCUAUACAAUGAUGCUCAAGUUAGAGAAAAGUUUGAUGUGAAAGCAUGGGCAUCUGUUUCCAAAGAUUUUGAUGUUUUCAAGCUGGCAAAAUCUCUUCUUGAAUCUAUCACAUCUGCAGCAACAAAUUUGGUUAACUUCGAUGCUUUGCGAGCAGAAUUGCAAAAGAACUUGUCUGGUAAAAGAUUCCUGCUUGUGUUGGAUGAUAUAUGGAAUGCAGGUUAUGUUGAUUGGACCAAUCUGAUGCAAAUUUUUUGUGUUGGCCAAUUGGGAAGCAAAAUCAUUGUUACAACACGACAUGAAAGAGUUGUGAGUGUUGUAAAUGCUACACAGACCUGCCCUCUAAAACCACUGGUGAUUGAAGAUUGUUGGAGUUUAAUUUCAAAACAUGCAUUUGCAACACAUAAAUGCACUGAGCAGUCCAACCUAAAACAAACUGGAAGAAAAAUUGCCAAAAGGUGUGGUGGCUUGCCAUUAGCUGCAGUUGCAUUGGGUGGUGUUCUUCGCACAAACUUAUCAAAUGAUUACUGGAAUAAAGUGUUAACUAGCAACCUUUGGAAUCUGACAAAAGAGGAUGUGCAACCAGCUCUUCUAUUGAGCUAUCAUUUCCUUCCAGCUUCUUUGAAACAAUGCUUUGCUUAUUGUGCAAUUUUCCCAAAGAACUCAGAGCUGCACAAAGAGAAGUUAGUUCAGCUAUGGAUGGCACAGGGAUUUGUUUGUGUCCCAAAAUGAGAAAAGCA